CAAAUGUCAAUUUUUUUCUAAAUAUUUUUUUUAUUUAUCAAAAUUUAUCGUGUUUUGGUCAUGUCUUUGAUGUCAUUGAAGGUAGUUUUUAAUUAAAUAUUUCAAAACAGUAUUUUUAAAGUACUGUUUAUCUUGCAGUGAAAAACAUGUUACAUAGUGCUAUAUUCAGUCGUUUGUCACAAAAUAUGUUCGUGUAGGUAAUUUUUUUCAUAGAAAAACUUAACCUACUGUUAAUAGUUGUUAUAAUGGCUUUAAAAAAUGAUGUUUAUAUAAAAGAAGAGCCAGAGGAUGACAGUGACGAUUUAGCCGUUGUGAAAACUAUGGUUCCCGAGGUUAGUGUUAAAUUGGAAGAAGACACUUUUAUACAAGAUAAACCAGAAUUUGUCAGUUUGCAAGGUGAUGUCGAUGUAAAGGAAAGUAGUGCUGAUGCUUUUAUGAAUCAUGUUUCACAAGACAAUGAAACUAUUGAAGUCUUACAUGACAACUCAUCUGAAAAUCGAAAUGAAAUAAAUACAAUUUAUGAAAAUACUUGUCUCUCUAAAAUUUCUCAGGAAAUGAAUGAUGAAAUACAAGAAAAAACAGACUCUGAGGACUCGUUAAGUGAUGAAGAUGAGGAUGAAUUUACGUGUAGAGUUUGUAAACAAAAAUUUGCUGAUGAGUUUGAAUUAGAAAUACAUUUUAAAUCGAGAAGGUUGUAUGAAAAGUGUUAUAAGUGUUGCGGAUGUGAAAAACAAUUUAGAGACAAUACACAGUUAACUGUUCAUUCUAGGAAGCAUACUGGGGAACAGCCGUAUUCAUGUAAAGUUUGUGGGAAAAAGUUUUCAGUUAAUGGUAAUCUAAGUAAGCAUAUGCGUAUUCAUACAGGUGAGAGGCGAUAUGAGUGCAAUAUUUGUCAGAGGAAGUUUACACAGUUUGCCCAUUUGGAAGAUCAUAUGAAAACACACUCGGGUGAUAGACCAUUCGUUUGUGACUUCUGUAAUAGUGCUUUCAAGACGAAGGCGAGACUGAGAAAACACAAAAAGUCUCAUGAAGAUGACAAGGUUACUAAAAGGUCCAUGCCAUGUCCGGUUUGCAAUAAAAUAAUGAAGAGCACAAAGCAACUUUUGGCUCAUAUGGACACACACGAUGGUACUACACCAAAUCCAUUUUCCUGUACUAUCUGUGGAAAGACCUACAAGCAUAUGUUUUCUUUAAAUUUCCACUUAAAGAUGCAUGGGGGCGUUAGGGAGUUCAAAUGCAAUUUGUGUGAUAAAGCGUUUUGCAACGCAAGUCACUUGAGGAGACAUAUUAACUCCCAUACAGGUAUAAGGCCUUAUAGUUGUGAUUUAUGCAUGAGAGCUUUUCCAUCCCAACAGAACCUAAAGCGGCAUAUGAUGACUCAUACAGGUGAGAAACCGUUCUCAUGCCAGCAGUGCGGAAAAGGGUUCCUAACUUUAGAAAAUUUAAACCGUCAUAAAAGAACUCAUACUGGGGAGAAGCCUUUCCCUUGCAAUGUUUGUGGCAAAUUUUUUGCACACAGCACAACGGCCAAAGAACACCAACGUAUUCACACAGGUGACAAACCGUUUGGUUGCAGUGUUUGCGACAAACGCUUUUCGCUGAAUAAAGCAUUAUACAAGCAUAUCCGUGAACGUCACCCUGUAUAUUUCCCUGAGUUCAAACGCCUAAACGACCUACCUCCGAAUGUUAAACGGGCAAGGGAGAAGAUCAAGAGAGAACUAGAAGAAAUCGAUAUUAAAAAUGUGACUGUAGUGACAGACGUGAACACAAGUGACAGUAAAAGUGAUAUAGUUAAGAAAAGUGAGAAUUUAGACAAUGAAGAAAGAACGAAAGAGAUACCUUUUGUUAAGGUCGAAAAACAGGAGUUUGAUGAUUGUUAUUGAACAUGGAAAAACGUUUUUAUCGUUUUAUUUGUUGUGUUCAAAUAAAUUUUCUUUUUUUU